AUGUCAGGAGUGAACUUCGGAGAUCAGCUUCUCAACAUGGACUGUUGUGUGAAAAUGCAACUGUUGAUCAUCACACUACUCACACUCGGUGCGCUCGCAUCGAANGACGAACUGUGGCAUCACUGGAAGCGUGCGCACCAGAAAGAAUACAACGGACCGGAAGACUCACUUCGACGAGCUAUUUGGGAACGAAAUGUUGAAAGAAUCAAGGAACACAAUCUGCGUCACGAUCUGGGCUUGGUGACCUACACACUGGGGUUAAAUCAGUUCACUGAUAUGACAUUCGAAGAAUUCAAAGAGAAGCACUUGUGGAAAAUGCGGUCGAGUUCUGUCAUUAAGGGAACACCUUUCGAAGGGAGCAAUGUCCCAGUACCCGAAACGCUCGAUUGGCGCGAGAAGCGCUGUGUGACUGAAGUGAAAGAUCAAGGACAGUGUGGUUCUUGUUGGGCUUUCUCAGCAAUCGGGGCAGCCGAAAGUCAAUAUAUCAUAAAAUACGGAAAAGUCAUGCAUUUUUCGGAACAACAGCUUGUGGACUGCAGCUCAAACUAUGGUAAUUACGGAUGUGAUGGAGGUCUGAUGGAAAACGCUUUCGAAUAUAUGCAAGAAUAUGGAAUGGAAACAGCAGAGGCAUACCCAUACGCGGCCGUGGACGGCAAAUGCAAAUACAACCGAAAAAAGGUUCGUGCCUUAGUGACUGGAUAUCGUACUUUGAAAAGCGGAGACGAAGGAGCGUUGAAACAAUUGAUUGGUAAACAUGGACCUGCCUCCGUAGCAAUAGAUGUAGAAGACGACUUCCAGAUGUACAAAAGUGGAAUUUAUGAGUCCGAAUCGUGUUCGACGGAUUGGUUGAAUCACGGAGUGCUGGCCGUUGGAUAUGGAAAAGAGAAUGGUAAGGAUUACUGGAUUGUGAAAAACAGUUGGGGCUCGGAUUGGGGCGAUAAAGGAUAUAUUCGGAUGGCGAGGAAUAAAAACAACAUGUGUGGGAUUGCCAGUGAGGCCAGUGUGCCCACGGUGAAACAUUCGGAGAACUUGAUUUAA